AUGAGUGCAAACGCCAAUCGUGUGGUGGUGGUAAACGGAGAGAUCCCGAAGAACCUGGCCGACACCGCCGCCCUCACCGAUGUGCAACGGGAGGUCAUCGAAUAUAUGCAGGAGGCUCCUCGGCUGGCUGCAGAUGUGAAGCGCAAGGCGCAGAGACUCAUUGAUCACCUCAUCGAAACACCGCAUAAUCGUAUGGACAAGGCAGAGGAGGACCUAAGAUUUGAUCUGGAAUCGAUGAACCCCCCACAGACCAUGUCGGAGAAGUGCCGUCUUCAAGCUCGGAAGGAUGCUGUUUCGGAAGUGGAGCUCGAUAUCCUAUUGUUGUUUUGCGAGCAAGCCAAGCCCAAGAAUGCCGAAGAGGACAAAGGCGAUGCUGGCGGCAACAAGGAGGAGGACGACAACUCUGAUCUCGGAGACACGAGCAAUAAGCAGUCUCAUCUUUUGCUCUACUUCUUGACGUACCUUUAUUCAGGAAACUAUCCCAAGACGGCCUCGAAAGGCGGCGCUGUCGCCAACGACCUUAUCGAUUGGUUGGUGAAGCGCGAGGUCUACGAUUCAGUUCGGAGUCGCACGGACAUGGGGGUCACCAUGCCGUUUACACCUGGUUAUUUGAUCCACUCUGUUACUGGACAGCUAGCCACGGAAAUGAAGCGCCUGUAUGACCGUGGGAGUCUUGAGCUGCAGGAUAAGGAAGCAGCAAUUAUUUCCUUCUCGCAUACCCAAGUCGAAGCCUACGUCGAGCAGUUUGUGCAAGAAACAGAGGUACAGGAACUGUUCGAUGGUCAGGCGAUCUGGAACGCGAAGGAGUAUCUGGAGAAGCUGAAGACGAUCAAGGACUUGAUGGAGCUGGUGAAGAAACCUUUCAUGCUGUCUGUCGCACUCCGGGCCAUGCCAGCUGUCAUCGAAGACAUCACUGAUACCUCCAAGAUCAAGAUGACUCGACUUUUUCCUAUGGAUGCUGGAUCGAUGGACGUGUUGGAAGAGCUUCUCGACGACGGAUUCUCGAACGCUGUCGUUGACUUUCUGAAGGAUGUGAUGUGGCGAUCGCCAUAUUUCACGAACAGGACAGAGACCUAUUCAGCCAACUUGAACUUGGGCGACCAUCCUUUGACUCAGAUGAAACUUAUUAGGAAGCUUGCCGUCGUGCAUUGA